AUGCGUCCGCUCUCUGUCGCCGGCGUCGUCGCCAUCGCUUCCGCAGCUCGUCGCGUUCGCGACCCCAGCCCAUCGCCUUCGAUCCGCCCGUCGCCUUCACUUCCCCCCCGUCGCCCCUACUCCCCCCCCUCCCCCCGCUCCGUUGCCUUCAUUUCCCCCUCCCGUCGCCUUCACUUCCCCCUCCCGUCGCCUUCACUUCCCCCUCUCGUCGCCUUCACUUCCCCCUCUCGUCGCCUUCACUUCCCCCCCUCCCGUCGCCUUCACUUCCCCCCCGGAGUGUUCGCCUUCACUUCCCCCCCUCCCGUCGCCUUCACUUCCCCCCCUCCCGUCGCCUUCACUUCCCCCCCUCCCGUCGCCUUCUCUUCCCCCCCUCCCGUCGCCUUCUCUUCCCCUUCCCGUCGCCUUCACUUCCCCUUCCCGUCGCCUUCUCUUCCCCUUCCCGUCGCCUUCUCUUCCCCUUCCCGUCGCCUUCUCUUCCCCUUCCCGUCGCCUUCUCUUCCCCUUCCCGUCGCCUUCUCUUCCCCUUCCCGUCGCCUUCUCUUCCCCUUCCCGUCGCCUUCUCUUCCCCUUCCCGUCGCCUUCUCUUCCCCUUCCCGUCGCCUUCUCUUCCCCUUCCCGUCGCCUUCUCUUCCCCUUCCCGCCGCCUUCUCUUCCCCUUCCCGUCGCCUUCUCUUCCCCUUCCCGUCGCCUUCUCUUCCCCUUCCCGUCGCCUUCUCUUCCCCUUCCCGCCGCCUUCUCUUCCCCUUCCCGUCGCCUUCUCUUCCCCUUCCCGUCGCCUUCUCUUCCCCUUCCCGUCGCCUUCUCUUCCCCCUCCCGUCGCCUUCAAUUCCCCCUUCCGUCGCCUUCACUUCUCCCCCCCGAUGCCUUCAAUUCCCCCUCCGGUCGCCUUCCCCGCAUGCCGCACUCGCUUUCCCGCCCUUCACACUUGCUUCCCCACCCGUCGCCUUCACUUCCCCUUCCAUUGCCUUUCGCUCUCUCCUGCUCACUCUCCCUGCUCACUCUCUUUCCCACUGCUCACUCUCUUCCCCCCUGCCCACUCUUUUCCCCACCCUUCACUCUCUCCUCUCCUGUUCACCCCCUGUUCUCACCCCUCUUCCCCCCUUCACUCAACCGUUCCCCCCUGCUCAACCUCUUUCCCUCUGCUCACUCUCUUCCCCCCUGCUCUCUCUCUUUAACCCGGCUCACACUCUCCCCCCCCCCUCCCCCCACUCUCUUUCCCCCUGCUCACUCGCUUCCCCCCUCCUCAAUCUCUUUCCCCUGCUCAUUCUCUUUUUCUCUGCUCACUCCCCUUGUGCUCACCCCACUUUCCCCAUUUCUCACCCAUUUUCGCCUUCACGCUCUCUUACCCCCUCUGCUCGCCCCUGUUUUCCUGGCUCACUCCUAUACUCACUCUCUCCUCCCCUGCUCACUCUCUUCCCCCCUGCUCACUCUCUUUCCCCUUGCUUACUUUCUUCCCCCCCUACUCACCUUCUUUCCCCCUGUUGUCACCCCUCUUUCCCCCUUUCUCACCCAUUUCCCCCCUGCUCGGUCUGUUUCCCCCUGUGCUCUCCUCUCAUUUCCCCUGUUCACAUCCCUCCUUAG